AUGAUCCGCAACCAACCGCAGCAGCCAGUGCCUUCAUGUGCACAGGAUACUUUGGCUUCGUCCAAUGCUUCAACGGUAGCAGCAUCGACAGCGUUAGGUAGAUUAAAGAGAGUUCCCAUGGAUGCCCUGGGUACUGAGAAGCAGCAGGAGCCAUCAGUGGCCAGCUACCCCACUUCGCACUCCCUGUCUCAUGCAGAAGCAGCUACCACACCAGUUGCGGCAGCAGCCCAGCUGGAAGCCACAGCGGACGGGAGGGCAGCAGCCUCAACUGCAUCAAGAGACUCAUUCUAUGCGGCGUUCCCGCCAACAGCUGAGGCUACUCUUCUAUCUCCUGUUGUAGAGUCGGCACGAACGUGCAGUGUUCCCGCACAGCGGCGAAACGUCAUGCUUUCCUUCGGUUUUACAAUUUUGAGCACACUAUUCCUCUCGUGUGCUCAGGGGCCCAUCUUCGAUAUGUAUAUCUUCCUCUUAGGCAAUCAUAGCAAUAAGUGGGUGGGUAAUACCGAGAGUCUCUCCGGGAUCGUCUCCCUAAUCGUCGCCGCCCCUGUGGGCUUGCUUGUUGACAAAUGGCCUAAAGACAUUAUCUGCAAGGCGGUUUGCAUCGUGGGGCUGUUGGCCUCGGUUUUGAGCUUUUGGGGUGUCUCGACGAAUUCGUUCUUGCUUAUCAUCCCUUCGCUCAUUCUUUGGGGCUUGUUCUAUGAAGCAAGCAACGGCGCAACUGGUGCCAUCUUCACAGACUCCCUCACGCGCGGUCAGCGGACCAAAUGGUUCAGUUGGAAAGGGAUGAUGCAAAGUGCUUCGACUGCGCUCUCACCACUGCUGAUGGCUGGUUUCUUCAAUGCCUACGGUGACAGCUGGGAUUUGGCACGCCUGCGGCUGUUGAUCCUCCUCGGCAUUAUCUUUUUUGGCCCCUCCUCCAGCUUGCUGCUUUGGUUCUUCAUAGAUCUCUACAGAGUGAGACCAUGCACACCAGCGUUUGCAAGCAAACGCUGGCCUGCAUGGAAUGGAGGGAAAGGUGUUUGGCGUCUUUCGUCUUCUCAGAGAAGGCACAAUAGAAUCGCCGCUCCAACCGACAACUUCCCCUCUACGACAAAUGACAGCAGCAGCAGCGGCAGCAGGGGAAUAGCCACAGCAGAUUCCGUCGAGGAACCCAUGCGUAGGCUCCUAUCAGCUACUCAAGAGGCACCUGAAUCUUCAUUCUCUGCAGCAUCCGAAGAAGGGGACGGCGCGGGGCCAGCAGCAGUAAACGACGAAGAGCUUUCGAGGAGCGUGCCGUAUAUAAUAAGCAUUUCGGACUUUGUGCGCUCAAUGGGUGCCGGGAUGACUGUGAAGUUCUUUCCGCUUUUCUUUUCGAAUGACUACAACCUGUCUCCUAUCCACUUGUGCCUUCUCAGCAUUUCCUAUGCCUUUUCCGUUGCCAUCUUUAUCUUUUUUGCUUCCACGCUCUCCAAGCACAUUGGCCGUGCGCUUACCUCUCAGUUGUUUUCUCUACUUGGUUUACUUGCCUUGACGGCGAUGUGCUAUCUGGAGGAUCUUCGCUUCCUUAUUGCCGCGCACCUCUUAAGGGGAGGCAUGCAGAAUGCCAACUACCCACUCGAUAGGUCUAUGAUUGUGGACUUUUCCAAAAGCACGGAUCGAGGAAAAUGGAGUGCUAUGGAGACCUUCACGUCCACCUUGUGGUCAGGCAGUGCCUUUCUCGGGGGUAUUCUGGCAGAUAAAGACUACAGGUAUGCCUUUGGUGUAACUGCGAUAGUGUACGCCGUCGCAUGGCUUGUCUAUACGCCCCUCGUUUUCAUCAUCCCGCAAGCCGAAAGGGCCAUAGGGAUGCCCAGCGGAGGCCACCCUUCAGAGAUACGGCCUACUCAGGAGCGCGAACCUGCAUCCGACUCGACCCCCCUCAUUGCUGCAGAAGCAGCCACUCAGACACCUCCCACUGAAAGUGAGAGUGCCAGAAACAUGGAGAGCGCGUCCCUUACUGAUUCUCCCCCUAUAGAAAACUGGGAUUGCCCCGAUGAUGCCCCCUUUUGGAGAUCUAGGGAGGGCAGCAACCUCAGCGCGUUCGAAGAAGACGCACCGCCGUACACGAGUCUUGGUUGCACGUCCCUUGCAUGGGUAGUAGGUACAGCGGUUUGA